CAGACGCCGGAGUCGACGCCCCAGCCCGCGCCCCUCCGCUGCUUGGCUGUACAGCCGGCGGUUCUAGGAAGACGUCGCUUCCGGGAAGGGCUGGGACACAGAGGACAAAAGAUUAGGCGGCUCGCCCCGCCUCGCCCUCCCGGCCCGCCCCCUGCGCUCUCCCAGCCUGCGGGCGCCGCCGCCGCUCAGUUCCUGCCCGCCGUCUGUGCGCCCUGGUUGCCUGCCCUGCGAGCGCCACCUGCGCCCACUGGCUCUCUCCAGCCGCCGCCGUCCGGCCGAGCCCCAGCUCCCGAGCUGCCGCUGCUGCUGCCGGGACAUGGUCCUCUGCGUCCAGGGACUUUGUCCUUUGCUGGCUGUGGAGUGGAUCGAGCGGCGGCCCCUGUGGGCCCAGCCCCUGGAGCUGCCUGAGCCAGCUAUGCAGCCUUUGCCUGCUGGGGCCUUCCUGGAGGAAGUGGCAGAGGAGAUCCCGGCCCAGUCAGAGAGUGAGCCCAAGGUGCUGGACCCAGAGGAGGAUCUGCUGUGCAUAGCUAAGACCUUCUCCUACCUUCGCGAAUCCGGCUGGUACUGGGGUUCCAUUACGGCCAGCGAGGCCCGGCAGCACCUGCAGAAGAUGCCAGAGGGCACAUUUCUAGUGCGGGACAGCACCCACCCCAGCUACCUGUUCACGCUGUCUGUCAAAACCACCCGAGGCCCUACCAACGUGCGCAUUGAGUACGCCGACUCCAGCUUCCGCCUGGACUCCAACUGCCUGUCCAGGCCACGCAUCCUGGCCUUCCCAGAUGUGGUCAGCCUGGUGCAGCACUACGUGGCUUCCUGUGCUGCUGACACCCGGAGUGACAACCUUGACCCUGCCUCAACUCCGGCCCUGCCCGUCCCCAAGGAAGAUGCACCUGGUGACCCAGCGCUGCCUGCCCCUGCGGCCACUGCCGUGCACCUGAAACUGGUACAGCCCUUCGUGCGCAGGAGCAGCACCCGCAGCCUGCAGCACCUGUGCCGCCUGGUCAUCAACCGCCUGGUGGCCGACGCGGACUGCCUGCCGCUCCCCCGGCGCAUGGCCGACUACCUCCGACAGUACCCCUUUCAGCUCUGACCCGGCCAAGCAUCCUCCUCACCUCACCCAGCCAUCCCCUGGAGGGGACACUGGCCCCAGCUGGACUUGGGCUCUCACUAUCCUCCUCCAGUCAUCCUGGUACCCGCGUGCAUCUGGCAGCUGGACCAGGAGGAGUCAGCAGGAGCGAGGCCGGGGGUGUCACACAACUUAGAAGUCACGCCCCCUGCUCCCAUGUGGCUCCAUUGUGGUGAGCCACAUGUCAGAAGAGAGGGAGACAGGCAAGACCUCAUCUCACCCUAUGGGCCGAGCCCAGGCUCACUUGCCUGCUGUGGCCUCCCGAACUGUGUAGACUUUGCGAGCCCUGGUUUCCCAGUUCGCAGGAUGGGGCGGGCCCCCUCCUUCCAGCCCGCCUUUCUCAGGAAGGAUGGUGGCCAGAGGAACUGAGGUUGACAGUGACAGUCCGCUGGUGGGGGAGCAGACCGGGCUGGGGACUGCACAAUUACACAGUAUUUAUUUUAUUUAUUCUCCUUGGGUUAGUCUCAGGGUGAGCCAACCCCAGCUCUCCACCCUGAGCUCCGUGCUCCAGAGACGCCGGCUCUGCCCCAGCUUUUCUAGUUCCUCCCUCCAGAGAGCUCCAUCCUGAGACAGGUUGCUGGACCCAAGGCAGUUGUGGAUGUCCCAGCAUUGACCCCCCUAUCUGUGAAUGUGUUCACUCUCUUCUGCCCCAGCCCUGUUUUGGGAGGGUGAACAAAUGGACAAGAAAAUGGAGCCAAAGCGCCAGCGCCCGGCAGAGCCUGCCCCUCGCCUGCUGGCAGGGCAGAGCCCUAUCUGCACAGAGCUGGUCUCUCUGAGGCUCAGGCCUGCUUGAGCGCAUGUGCUGGGUCAGGAGGGCAUGCAAGGGCCGCUGCCCACUCUGCCAGGUCUGCUUUCUGCCCAGGAAGAUGCCUGCCAUGAGAAAGGAAAAGAAAUACAUAUCUGAUAAGAUUUUAUAAAAUAAUUAUUGUAAUCAAAAAAAAAAAAAAAAAAACAGCAGUUUGGUAGCCAUUUUCCUUCCACUGAUUUUCCUGUAAUGACAUUAAAAUCAUACCUUUUAUUUGUGGA